UUUUUAAAACAAACACGGCAUUUCUUUUGAGGGUGUUCCUUGCAUUUGGUUGGUGGAAUAUAUUCAGGGAAGUGUGCUCAAUUUUUUGCAUGUAAACGAAGCGGUGUAUCGCCAGUUGCAGGACCUCCACAGGUUUUAUAAUUUGGUAAUAUGAUAUUUUCCACUAUUGCUUUAGCAAUAUUUAAACGAAAGGAAACAAAGCCUGUUUUGGAAGUGCUAGUAAUUUUAGAAUGCAAAACAUAUGCAUUGUAAAAGACCAUAUCUAGUAGAUAGAAGAAUACUUUCUUAUAUCCCUUUACACAUUUCUUCAUUAUGGGGAAGAACGCUAUUUGUUGAUCAUGCUUAUCAACCCCUUCCAUACCUUUAUUUUAUUUAAUAACGUAUGAUGGCUUUAUAAUAUUCCUGACAUCACCAUCUUCUGUUUUUUACCUUUUCCCAGUGUCUACUAAAUUAGCAUUUGAAUGUUUCGUGCCAAGUAUAUACACAUCUUUUGUAUCGCUCCAUUUUGAUUCCACCACAGGAUAAAGUUUUGGCUUCUCCUUUUUCAACUUGAGUACAGCAAGCUCUUUCGGCAUGUCCUUCCUAUGUUUCCUAACAGUUCCAACGGCAUUCGUACCAUAUUUCAGCAACUUUAGGAAUAAUUGAGGCAAUGAAUACGAAUUAUUCAUGAACAGCGUGUAGCCUUUAUAUAAAAUGUCAUUUUCAACGCCGUAUCGGACGUCAUGUCCGAUUUUGGCAAAAUUAAUGCAUGACGUUCUGAUACGUCGAAUGCGGUCAAAGGGUUAAAAAUAUCACACGUUCCGCUUGACUGCAUUAAAUUUUUGAGCAAAUAAAAGAGCAGAUAGGUGUAUUCGAUAUGUAUUUCAAACCAAAAAUAUUACUACUAUUUGUUCUUACAGUGUAAUUCCGUAAGGGGCUUAUAUUGUUUUUCUUUCUCGACUUGUUCGUUAAUUUCAUUUCCUUGUCAGUGAACUUGUUUUUGAUACGGCAACUUGUCACACAACACGUGAAGUUGUUAUUAAAUAAAUAAAACAUUGCUGUAACUUAGUUUUUUUAUGUUAUUUUGUCUUGGUUCAUCUUAACACAACAUCCCAAAACAAAUAUAUAUAUAUAUAUAUAUUAUUUUGUACACAAUAAUGUCUUUCUUAGAAACGAACAACUUAACCCAACGAAGCCAGGAGAAUUCAUCAGAUAAAAGCCAAGUUUCAGGAUGGGCGGAUUCCAUUGCAAAAGUUUUAAAUACUACUAAACCAAAAAGUAGAAACGAUUUGGUUCUUUCUCGAGCCAAGAAAAAUAAAUCUCAGGAAAACGAUGACAAGUCCAAAAACUAUGGGUUUGAAGUAGUUGGAGAGAUCGAAGAACAAAAACCCGCGGAGGAAGAUUGGAAUGGAAAAUUGGCAAAAGAACAUAAGGGCGGAAAAGCACAACUGCGUGUUAAGCCUUGUUGGAAUGACAUGGAAAGAGAAAGAGCUCUACGUAAGGUAGCCACUAAGGGAGUGGUGCAGCUUUUCAAUGCUGUUCGCAAACAUCAGAAGGAUUUACAGCAUCAACUAGACGCCGCGGGGCCACUAGACAUUCGCAAAGAAGCUGUUUUGAAUAAAAUAAACAAACGCAAAUUUUUAGAUAUUUUGAUGGGAGGACGGCGAGGCAAAUCAGAGGUUGUGGAUAAUCCGAUAAAACGCGAAAUAAAAAAAUCAGAGGAAGAAAGCUCUGAUAGUGGAGACGAUAUUAAUAAUAAGAAAAAGAAAAAAGAAUGGAAUGUUUUACGUGAUGAUUUUAUGACGAACAAGAAAAUUAAGCAUUGGGAUGAAAAUAGUGAUAGCAAUAAUCAAACACAAAGUGAUGAUUCGGAGGAUGGUGUUGAUUGAUAGUAUAAAUAA